CACAUACAUUACACGCAGGCGCGGUGAAACCCAGAGCAGAAGCUUCUGUAGCCGGUGUGGAGUAUGAGCCCGAUGUUAGCUGUGUUCACGGCGACCCUGCUCUGUGUGGGGCACAGCCUGCCGCUCUCUUUCCAGUCAAGAAAACAUGAUGGAUUCCAGACUGAAGGCCAGUUCACAGAGAAGUAUUUCACUCAGACUCUGGACCACUUCAACUUCAACAGCAUGGGGAAUGGAACCUUCCAGCAGCGAUACCUGAUCACAGAUAAGUACUGGAAGGAAGGCUACGGCCCUAUUUUCUUCUACACUGGCAAUGAGGGAGACAUCUGGGAGUUUGCUGCUAACUCUGGUUUCAUCUCAGAGUUAGCAGCACAGCAAGGUGGCCUGGUCAUAUAUGCAGAACAUAGGUACUAUGGCCGCUCGCUGCCGUUUGGCAAAGACUCCUUCAGCUCCCCCCAGGUGGGCCUGCUGACGGUGGAGCAGGCGCUGGCGGACUUCGCUCUGAUGAUCUCUGAGCUGAAGCAGCAGCUGGCCGCUCCGCUCUGCCCUGUCAUCGCGUUCGGAGGCAGUUAUGGAGGAAUGCUGUCGGCCUACAUGAGACUCAAGUAUCCCAACAUGGUGGCGGGGGCUCUUGCUGCCAGCGCCCCCGUGCUCUCCACUGCGGGGCUCGGGGACUCCAGACAGUUUUUCAGAGACGUUACAGCUGAUUUUGAGCGGGUAAGCCCAGCGUGCAGAGAUGCUGUGAGAGGAGCGUUUCAGCAGCUCACAGAACUGGCUCAGCUUCAAGAUUACAGUCGGAUCCAGUCGGAGUUCUUCCUGUGUUCCCCGCUGGCGUCCUCUCAGGACAUCCAGCAGCUGUACGGCCUGCUGAGGAAUGCCUUCACUCUGAUGGCCAUGCUGGACUACCCCUACAGCACCCAAUUCAUGGGCAACAUGCCUGCCAACCCAGUCAAGGUGGGCUGUGAGACCAUGCUCAGUGGACCGGACCUGCUCACCAACCUCAGGAACACUGCAGGGAUUGUGUACAACUCUACGGGGGGGCUGAGCUGCUUUGACCUGUACACCCUGUAUCUGCAGUGUGCCGACCCCACCGGCUGUGGGCUGGGUCUGGAUAGCCUGGCCUGGGACUAUCAGGCAUGCACAGAGAUGAAUCUGUGCUAUGAGAGCAACAAUGUGACGGACAUGUUCCCCCCCAUGGCCUUCACUGAGACGGACCGAGAGCGGUACUGCUCCCAACGCUGGGCCGUGCUGCCCCGGCCCGGCUGGCUCAAGACCCAGUUCUGGGGAGACGCCCUCUCCACAGCCAGCAACAUUAUCUUCUCCAAUGGAGAUCUGGACCCAUGGGCCAACGGAGGGGUGCGCCGGUCCCUGAGCUCAUCAUUGGUAGCUGUGAACAUUUCUGAAGGCGCCCAUCAUCUGGAUCUCAGAGCAUCUAAUGCUGCAGAUCCUGUGUCAGUGAUCAGUGCCAGGAAGACAGAAGCCCAGCUCAUCGCUCAGUGGGUGGAGCAGGAGCGGCUCAGAUCACAGCGCUCACUUUAAAGCUCUACAUGGCUUUGGAACACGCAGAGUUCACCCUGGAAUCGAGCCGACAUGGAGGGAAAUAAUGGACUUUACAAUGCACACCAUGAUUGGAUGAGCAUGUCAAACAGCUUGUGUAACAUUUUGUAACUCGAACAUGUUUUCCAAAUGCAAUAGCAUUACAAAGUUUGAGUUUCAAGAUCCAAACAUUUAGAUGAUUGGAUCUGCAGCCUCCCCUCACACACCAGCUGUAUGCUCCGUUUCUAUCCCAGGGCACCAAACACGUAAAGCACAUGAGUUCAACACAAAUAUUCUGUUCAAUAAAAUCUCUUUAAUUUC